AUGCAAAGUAACCAAGGAAUGAUGAGACUAUCAUACGAAAGCAUUUACGAUGAGAUUCUGGCCAAAGCAACAAGCUCACAACACGGCUACACAGAUGAAGAAGUCAACAACGUCUUGAAAGAGAUGCAGGAAAGAUACCAGGAAAGAUAUCCUGGGGAAGGUUAUGAUCUAUAUUUUUGUGAUAUCGCAUGCCCCGAUCAACCCUGGUUGGUCGAAAGUUGGGCUUGGAUACAUUUAUUUCCCGGAGAACCUCGACCUUGGCGCUCAUCAAACCACACAGAAGAAGAGUCAGAAUACUAUACGGCGUUAAAUAGACAUGCGAUAUACUUAUUCCGAGCCACGAGCAAAAGAGCACAAGUUACCGGCCGCGUAGGAGAUUCCGUUUCUGUGGCGGCCCAGCAGUGGGAUACCGAGCCGGUUGUCAAAGAUGAAUCUGAAAUGGAUGCCGAGCCGACGCUAGCUGCAAAUGACGAUAUUCCAAGAAAACGAUCCAUGCCAGCUAAUGAGGAAGCACGAAAAAAGAUUAAAACGAUGAAGGAUACGUAG